ACUGUGCCUUCCAACUUCCAAAUCGAGAGUGGGAACUGAACCGAUCGGUAGGAGACAAGAGUUGGAGAAAUUUGAAAUUGUAUUAUUAUUGUUUUGCAAACGAAAAAAAGGAGAUUUGCACAAUAGUGCAAUUAAUAUUUUAAAGGUUUACCAAAAAAUAAACAUUUACUUUUUACUUCGAAGGACACAUAGCCUGGUAUCAGUUGUAUGCAGUAAAUUUGCAUGGUUUUGAAGGAUUGUUGAAACAGUAAACAUUGCGUUUCGCCAUGAAAGUUUGGAAAAUUAAUUUGGUUAAUAGAAAAUGGGUCCAGUUGACGGGAAUCAAACUAUUUACAACUUCCAGAGUCAUUUCUGGCAAAUGGAAAAACUUUUCCUUGGAUGACGAACUAACCCCGGAAAUUAAAAAGUCCAUUGAGAAAAAGUGGCACAGCCGUGUGUACGGGGUUGAUUGUCAGGCAGAAAAUAAGAAGGAAAUCAAUAAGCCAAAUCCUCAUUCGCUUCGUUAUGUCUUGCCAAUGUUUCCGUACCCUUCAGGACGUCUUCAUUUGGGGCACGUUCGAGUUUACACACUGAGCGAUGUACUGGCUAGGUUUCAUAGAAUGCAAGGGCACACGGUGAUCCAUCCGAUGGGAUGGGAUGCAUAUGGUCUUCCAGCUGAAAAUGCGGCAAGGGACCAUGGAAUUGAUGCCGAAAAGUGGACUCGAGACAACAUUAAUCAUAUGAAAACUCAGAUUAUCGAUAUGGGUUGCUGUUUUGACUGGGAAAGAGAAUUUGCCACUUGUGACCCUUCCUAUUUCAAAUGGACACAGUGGAUAUUCCUCAAAUUGUGGGAGAAAGGAUUGGCAUACAAAAAACGAGCGUUCGUAUACUGGGAUCCGGUGGAUAAAACCGUGUUGGCUGAAGAACAAGUUGAUUCAAAUAUGCGGUCGUGGCGUUCAGGAGCCAAAGUGGAAAAAAAGUUGCUGCAUCAAUGGUUCAUUAAGACGGCUGUCUUUGCUGAAAAAUUAUCUCAGGGUCUGACAUCAGGGGACUUGAAACAUGGAUGGAGGGAUGUGGUUGCAUUACAAGAUCAUUGGAUUGGGGAAAUCAAAGGAUUCUUCACUGAUUGUGUGAUUGACAUCAAAGAGUAUGUACAGGAAGAUGACUCUACAAAAGUCUCUACCAAGGAACCAUUAAGGCUUUGGUUCUCAGACCUUGAAGCCCUCAAGAAAGCCACUUUUGUAAUUUUGUCACCUAGUCACUUUCUUCUCAAAGAGGUCAAUUCAAUUGCGAAAGAAUAUCCGGAUGGUUAUAAAUUAAUGAAAUUUAAGAUUAACAAUCCACUCACUGGGACACCACUUGCCGUUUUCACGGCUACACAAGAAGCCACUCCGUGGAUUCCUGAAUCAUGUGAUUGUCGAAUCAAUGAAUCAUUAUGUCCGAUAGAGUAUCCGCUCAGUGCGGAAGGUGGGGACAUAUUUUUGAACAAUAUUGCGAAUCUCCAACGCUCAUUGCCGGUGGAGGAUACAAAACCAGGCGAAAUAACCCAGCAGUUUCAGUAUUAUCCUGCAAGUUUGAAACUUAGAGAUUGGUUGGUGUCUCGACAAAGAAGUUGGGGAACUCCAAUUCCUGCCGCUAAUUGUAUUGACUGUGGUCAAGCUUCAAUGAUUCACGAAAAUAAAUUGCCUAUGACGAGAUCUAGCGUAUUAGAUUCUUGCACGCAUUGUGGAAGUUGCAAUAUUCAAUUAGAAACCGAUACUCUUGACACUUUUAUGGAUUCCUCAUUUUACUUUUUUCGGUUUUUGGACCCCAAAAACGACGAUAGCAUAUUUGACCCUAAAGCUGUCCGUUCGUUACCGGUUCACACAUAUAUUGGUGGAAAAGAGCAUGCUACGCUACAUCUGUAUUAUGCCAGAUUUAUAACCCAGUUUUUGCAUCAUAUUGGGCUUUCCCCUGUUACGGAACCAUUUCAAAAACUUAUUCCCAUUGGAAUGGUGCUUGGAGAAGCUUACAUUAUUAAAGGUUCUGGAAAAUAUCUAGCCAAAGCUGAAUGUGUCCAAGACGGGAAGAAGUACACGUCCAAUAAAACUGGUGAAGCUGUAUUCACUAAAUGGGAAAAAAUGUCCAAAUCAAAGUACAAUGGAAUUGAUCCUGACAAUAUUCUGAAUGAACACGGAAUCGAUACAACUAGACUGCUAACAAUGGCAGAGGCUGCUCCAACAUCUCCGAGAAAGUGGCCCCCAAACAAUAUUGAAGCGUUUACAAAUUGGCAAAAAAAAGUGUGGUUGCUAUUACGGCAAUUUGUAGAUUCAAAAGAUUUUGGAGAAAUUGCGUUUAUUGAUGAAGAAGUUUGGCAGAAAUCAGAAGCAGAGAUUUUCGACACGCGAAAUUAUUAUUUGAAAGGAAUAAACCAUGAUUAUUCUGACACCAGCCAGAUCAGUGUGGUCAUUAGUAAGCUGCAAGCAAUGAUGGGCCAGUUAAGGAAAGUACCGAAACUCUACAUGAAAGAGAGCAUUGAGUUUGAAAGAGCCCUUGGUACAGGCAUAAUUUGCAUGUAUCCGAUAAUGCCGGCAUAUGCUGCUCAACUCUGGCAGUCUUUUCGGGACGUAGCAACAUUUUCUGAACCAGAGUUUAAUGUUGAUCAUGAAGUUUGGGAACAACCAUGGCCAUCAGUAGACUUUAGAUAUCACUUGGACCUGAUUUGCAAAAUCAAAGGAGAAGAAAUUGUCACCAAAGUUGAGCGAACUUAUUUGGACUCGAUGGAUCCAACUACAGCUUUGCAAAUCGUUCUAGAUCUCCCAGAAGUACAGAAACUAGUCUCCUCCGGACAUAUUGAAAUUGUUCGAUUUCAUGUUGAACCUGGCUACCGUGCAACAAUAGUAAUUAAGGAAAAAAAUCUUCCUACUGACCCUGACAAUUAUAACGGGACUACCAUUGUUUCUGACAGGAGUAGAAAUAAACAGAUAUAAAAAGACACCAAAUA